GUAUUGCAACAUUCCGAUGUGAAGUUAACAUGGGAUGAAGAUGAUCCGGAUCGUGUCAGGAUAGUACAGCGGAGCUUCUCAAAUAAGGAUGUUGAAGAGAUGGAUUUUAAAACUUAUCUUGCUUCAUCCAGCGAAGAAUCUGAUGAAAACGAUGAAACAUCUUUGCAAAAAUACAAAAAUCUUGUUAACGAAUUAGAUAAUAAAGAUUUAAACGAUGAUAUAGAUAUGGAAAUUACAUUUACUCCAGGACUAAACGAAAAUGCUACAGAAACUUCUACGGACAAACCUAUUGAAGACGAAACUACUAUAGAAAAAUAUAAACGUAAACAAAUUGAAAAAAGGAGAGAAAGAAAAGCUGUCAAAAAGGCAAAUAGAUCUCAAACUAUUAAAAAUGAAAUGUCUGAUAGUGCCACUGAUGUAUUGGAUGAUCCAUUCUUUGUAAGCUCAAAAAAACGCAAACAAAAGAUAUCUAACGAAGAGCGUAUCGAAGCAGAUAGAAAGAGAGCCGAAUUGGAACUUCUUAUUAAUGUCAAUGAUCCUCGUUUUGCAGCCCUUAACGAAUCUCAUCAUUUCGCAAUAGAUCCUACAAGCUCUCA